AUGAGCUUUGAACCAUAUUUAGAGCAAGACAAUGAUGAAGAGUCACCGACCCGCCUCAACGAAGUCCAUUCAGAUGAACCUCGGCCUGGGAAACGCAAGCGCACCAGCAAAGACGAUACCCAAGGGCCUUCGUGUUCUUUAUGUCGCAGGCGAAAGGCAAAGUGCUCGAGAGAUCAACCAUGCGGCACCUGUAUCAAGCUUGGUGCCGAAUGCAUAUACGACCAGGAAAAGUCAAAGCCAGGCAUGCGAGCGGGGGCUAUCGAGACAUUAACUCAGCGUAUAGCGACGCUGGAAAAUAUGUUUGUUGGCCAGAGUGUUCUCUGGCAGCAGAUCUGGAAAAGCAUCAAACAACCAAAUAUCCAGGAGUACGGGCGAACCCCAGAAUCACAUCCAGAAAUUUCAAUCCAGCAGAUGGAGUCAGAGGUCCGAAGACAUCUCACUGAAUUGCCAUUGUCGGAAAUUGGUCAACAGGUGGACUCGGUAGUGGAAGGAAUUCAACCAGGAAGCACAUUUAGUGCAACAAAUACGCGCCAGCCGAAAAUUACUUCCGGUAUUCAACAUCAGGUUAGCCUGGGUACUCUCCCUCCAGACGAUCUAGUAGACUCUAUGGUCAACAUAUACUUCAACCAGAUCCAUCCUUGGAUACCUAUGUUGCAUGAGCCAACAUUUCGAGGGCUGCUCUCCAAUAGUUCCGGAAGAGCGCGAGUGUCAACAAUACUAUACGCUAUCGUAUCUCUCUGUAUACGAUUCUCAGACGAUCCACGGCUACAGAACGCUCCACAACUCCGUGCUCAAUACUCCACUAGCUGCCGCCAGACAGUCAUUCUUGCAAGUAUGGAGUCCUUUUCGGUCGAGAACUUGCAAGCAAUGACCAUUUGUGCAUUUGACAUCAUUGGCAGCGGUAGAGGUCCCUCGGCAUGGUCCAUAGUCGGCAGUAUGUCUAGAACUGUCGAACAACUACGCCUCAGCACCGAGCAGGAGGAGGAGGAAACCCAGUCAAAUCAGUCCAGGUCAAAGGCUCUUAUCGAGAGGGUGGCGUUUCUCCCUCCAGCGUCAACAUGGGCCGAAGUAGAAGAGCGGCGCAGGAUCUUCUGGAAUGUGUUUCUCAUGGACCGCUUCUGCAGUAUUUGUACUGGUUGGAACCUGUCAUUGACCAGUGCUGAUGUCACGAGGAGGCUGCCUUGUGAGGGCGCCAUAUGGGAGACUGGGGAGCCAAGCCAGACUCCUACUCCGUACUUUGGAAUCUCAACUCGGUCCCAAGACCGCGAGACAGAUUGUUUACCAGCCGCUCGCGAUACCGAAGAUGGCCAGGCUUCUCUAGGAGGCUUCGCGUUUUGUAUAGAGGCAACGGAGAGUCUGAGUCUUGUCACGUCCUUUUUUCUCCAAUACCGAGUUGAUUUCAAGGAGGUCCAUAAAGUCCAGAGAUGGUUUAUAAGAUUCAAGCAGUUAGAUUUGCGACUCGUACAAUGGAAGGUCUUUCUCCCUGAGAAAUGGCGCAAGGCUUGCCAAUACAAUAAUGACGGCAACUUGGAUCCCAAUCUCGUCCUUGCGCAUAUAGCACACAACACUGCCGUUGUCCUCCUGCAUCAGGGCUUGGCUUAUCCACCAGCAGAAUGGCAGUCUCUUCCUGUCAAGCUGCCUUCUGCUUCCAGUGCAGAGACUUGUCAGGUUGCGGCUGACGAGGUUGCAACGAUUGCAGAGCAAUUCCUUGGCCACUCACGUAUAAUCAUCAGUCCGCAGUUUUCUUUUUGUCUCUUCGUGUGCGGUAAGAUGCUGCUGACCCAUGCCGCAUACUUCCAGUCCACCCUCACUUCAUCCUUUGAUUCGAUCAUAACGAGCCUCGAGGAGAUAUCUCAGAGGUGGAACGGGUAUCAGCCUCCAGCCCGAGCCAAUCUGGCUUCCAAAUUCUGCUCACGCCUCAAGAAGGCUCGCAUCGAAGGUUCCGGUGCGGUCGAUAUCCGAGAAGCUUUUUCUGAGAAGCCAGACGCUAUUCCCUCAUCAAGAAAUGCGGAUAUUAGCUUUCGUAGUACCGAGCUUGAAAGGACGACUGGUGCAUUAAAUGGAGAAAUCGGCAUUAAUAGUACUCAGACGGAGUCGCCCGAGAGCAUUUCCCUGGCUUUCCCGCCACUUCCUCUCUCAUUUCAGAUUGGAAGCGCACCUCAUGAUUCCAUAUUCGCCGCGCCAGCAAAGGCUGGUAAUGACAUGGGAGAAGUGGUCAGUACGGAUAUGAAUAUGGUGGGGAAUUGCCUUGACUUUUAUGAUCUCUCAGAGCAGACGUUUCUUCCGUCAGAGCGCGUUAGUAUGCUGAGUCGUUCGUAUAUUGGAGACUGA